AUGCUGGCAUACCUGCUGUUUCUCUGGGCAACGCUCGCCCUCGCCAUCCCGAUUGACAAUAACCUCUACGAACGACAAGACGACAACCACUGGGUCGUGACAUGGACGUCUAUGACCCAAGAGGUGGAACAGAGUAAUCUUCCACCUUCGCCAUACAAUGGAGGAAGUAUUCAGUUCCGCAACGCGACGCUUCGUCAGACCUUCCACGCUUCUAUCGGCGCAUCACGCAUCCGUUUCCAGCUUACAAACACCUUUGGGGGUUCAGAUCUGCCCAUCACAGCAGCCUCCGUCGCCUUUCCACUCGGCGGAGCCGCAGGCGUAUCUGGAAUUGAUCCUGCCACCACCAAGGGACUCACUUUCUCCGGGUCUCCAUCUGUGAUUAUCAAGCAAGGCGCGGUCGUUUACUCUGACCCGAUAGACUUUAAGGUGCAACCGCAGGCAAACAUCGCGCUAAGUCUGUACUCCCAGCAAGGCCAGUCUGGGACUCGUAUCACGGGACACCCCGGCAGUCGCACGACGUCAUGGAUGCAGACUGGGAAUCAGGUGAAUACAUCGUCUAUCGGAGGUGCUAGCACAAAGCACUGGUAUUUUGCUAGUGCUGUGGAAGUGUGGGCUCCCAGGAACACGUCUGCGAUGAUUGUUCUUGGAGAUAGCAUCUCGGAUGGACGUGGGAGCGACGAUGACAAGAACAACCGCUGGCCCGACCUUCUUCUGGCACGCCUGCAAAAGGAGGGAAUAACAAACCUCGCCAUCGCAAACCAAGCAGCCGGCGGCAACGCAGUCCUCAGCGGCGGCCUCGGCCCCACCCUCCUAACCCGCUACUCCCGCGACGCGCUCACCCAGCAAGGCGUCUCCCGCGUUCUCAUCUUUGAAGGCGUAAACGAUAUCGGCGGCGGCGGUACCGAUACGGGCUCCCAGCAGCGCAUCGGCGACGGGCUCAUCGCCGCGUACCAGAAGAUUGUGGCCGACUGCAAGAAGGCCGGGCUAGCUACCGUCGGGGCCACCAUCACGCCGUUUGCGGGGAGCGGGCAGGCGUACUCGAACGCGGAGAGGGAGCGGACGCGUGUGAGGGUGAAUAAGUGGAUUCUGGAGAGUGGGACAUUUGAUCAUGUCGUGGACUUUGCGGGGUUUAUUGGUGAUGGGGAUAAGCUGAAGGCGCAGUUUGAUGGUGGUGAUCAUUUGCAUCCGAAUGUGGCUGGGUAUCAGGAAAUCGCGACCAGGUUUCCGCUGGAUGUUCUGAAAGGUUGA